AAUAUAUCAAUGCUCAAUAAUUCAAUGAGAACUAAUUUAAAAGAAGAAGAACAAUUAUUAGAAGAAACAGCAUUAAAUUGGUUUAAAAGAUUAAAUUUUGAUGGAUUACUUUUUCAAACGGGACAUAAAUUGUUUGAUGAUUUAAAAAUGAUUUCGAGCGGAGAAAUUGUUGAAAUUGUUGGCUGUGAUGCUUCGGGGAAAAUGCAACUGGGAAUGACUUUAAUUGCUGAAUUAUUAUUGUCAGAAUCGAAGAGGGAUAGACAAGUGAUUGUUAUUGAUUUUAAUGGAUCUUUUCGUAUUGGAAGGUUGGAAAGAAUUUUGAUGCAUAAAAUAUCUUCUAAUAAUAAUAAUACCUCAACUAAAUUAAAUAUAAAUGAUUUAUUAAAAAGAUUUGGAUUAAAAAAUUCUUCUUCUGUUCCUAUUAUUUUUAUUAAUAAAAUUGGUUCUAUUUUAUUUGAUGCUGUAGCGAAGGAAAACAAUGACGGACAAAUCCAAAAACAAAUACUUUUAACAUUAAAUGAAUUUUGCCUUAAAUUUGGAGCAACUAUAAUAACAACAAAUCAUUUGGUUAAUUGGAGGAAUAUUUCAAAACCUGCUUUAGGCAAAAUUUGGAUUAAAGGGAUUUCCAAAAGAAUAUUUUUACAAAAAGAAAAUAAUUGUUUUUAUGUAGAAGCUAAAAUUGAUGGAAAAAUUCAUGGAAGUCGUGUUAAUUAUUCUUUAUCUGAGGCUGGAUUUAUUGUUUAAAUUUUGCGAUAUUUUUGUUAUUUAUAUGAGACAAUACAAAUUCUUUUACCUUAUUUAUUGUUAUAUU